AUGGCUGAAGACUCUUUGUUGUCUUCAUCCUCAGCAGCAGAAAAUUCGCCACUACUACUGUCACCCCUGGUGCUCGCCACAACAACGAUCGCCAUAACGACAGUGUUCUUGAAGUAUUAUUGGAGCGACCAACGACGCAUGGAAACAGCCUUGGCCAAACAGGGCAUUCCAGCGCGAUAUCGAUGGUCCCUGCCGUUUGUAGGUCACGUCGAACAAUUCUGGGAUUAUGAACGACUCUUGUUGGAAAGUUUUGACCAAACACCUCCACUGAGUUAUUUUACAUUGUUUGGAGACGUUUUGCUCAUCAUUGGCAAUGUCGAACUCUCCACGCGUCUCUGGCCCAAAUUCCAAACAUGGGACAAGUGCGCCGUCUUUUACUCCAUGCUAGACGUUCUCUUUGGGACCAACGAGCGGACACUGCUCACCCAAAUCGAGCACGACACGGAUCCACAGUGGCAGUGCAAACGAGAUUUGGUCAGUCAAGCCAUGUACAAGGACAAAUUGAAUCAACAAUUGGCACCCUUUAUUGAAGUGCAUGUCAAAGACCUGUGCGAGCAGUGGUUAACACAAGGACACGGCAUUGAUGUCGAUCAUGAUUUGACCGCCUUGACAUUGAGAGUCAUUAUUCAUUUCAUUUUUGGACCACAACAAGAGGACCUGACGACCUCCGUCCAAAAGAUACAAAAAGCGCUUCAAGAUGUCGUGGAUCUUGCCUGGACCAUCAACACCAAUCCACUUGCUGCCAUUCAACAAAUGAUUCCUGAAACCCAUGCUUAUCAAGUGACUCAAAACUUUCGAGGUUGUAUUCGAGAAUUGAUUGAGAAGGCUAAAGCUAAAACAAAAACAACCGACAAGAACUGCCAAGAAGAGGAAAUGCCGGCACUAAUUCACGCCAUGUUGGCACAACGUUGGAAACCAGAAAUAUUGGAAAAUGAAGUCAUGACCCUCCUCUUUGCAGGUCAUGACACUACUGCACAUGCCACCGCCAUUGCACUCGAAAACUGUGUCAAUCAUCCACGAGUGGUACAAGCCAUUCGGCAAGAAUACAAAGACCUAGUAUUACCCAAAAAAGAAGACGGGGCUACCUGCUUUUACAACAAUAUGAAGUGGCCCAUGGCAGCCUGGAAGGAAUCCCUACGACUCAAUCCGGAAACAGCCGGUGGAACCAUUCGAUUAGCACCCGAUGACAUACACUUGUCGGAUGAUCUUGUCAUUCCCAAGGGAUGUGCCGUCCUCAGUCCCUUUUGGGUCUACUCCAGCGCGGAAGGCAACUGGGGCCCCGAUGCGAAGCAGUUUCGUCCGGAACGAUUUCUGCCUUCUAAUAAUAAUGGGAACAACAACAACAACAACAACAACAACGUCAGCAACUCUACUUGCCCUCGAAAAUAUAUUCCCUUUUCCCAAGGCAAGAGAAACUGUGUGGGAAUGCCAUUGGCAUACAUGGAAGGAUCCAUGCUGCUAGGGUAUAUACUGGAACACUUGGAUAUCACCAUUGAAGCUCCAGCCAAGAAGGUUUUCAAGGUGACUGUCCGGGUAGAAGACUUUACUAUCAGUGCCAAACGCCGUCAAACGAGCCAAGAACAAGCAUGA